UCUUUAAUAAUUUAGCUAGGCCACAAAAUGCCGUCCAACGUAAAAUGCAAUCUUAAGUGUCUGACAUGAAUAACAUAACUCAUCAAAACCUUUGAUGCAUUGGACAAGUUUUGUUUUCCAACAAAGAUAACACAGAGGAACUUCGAAAGCAAAAGUAUGAGUUCACCAGAAAGAUCAGCAAAGAAGCAAGCUCAUGUAGUUUGCAUUCCUUCGCCAAGCCAAGGCCACAUAAAACCAUUGCUAAAGCUAGCAAAACUGCUUCACUACAACGGCAUAUGUAUUACAUUUGUUAAUACAGAGUUUAAUCACAAACGCUUCCUCAAAUCUGGAGGACUUUAUUCUCUUGACGGCUUACCUGGAUUCAGAUUUGAAUCCAUUCCCGAUGGCAUUCCUCUAUCUGAUCCUGACUCUACUCAGGACCCCGCAUCACUGGUCCAUGCUAUCGUGAAUAACUUGUUACCUCCAUUCCAAGACCUUCUCACAAAACUCAGCACUCAAACCCCUCCGGUCACUUCCAUCCUCUCUGAUGGUUUUAUGCCUUUUACAGCUGAUGCUGCGCAAUCUAUUGGAAUUCCUAUUGUUUUGGUCUGGACAUUUGCUGCCUGCGCAUUUAUGGCGUUUUACCAUUUCAAAAGUUUCCUUGAGAAAGGCCUUGUACCAUUGAAAGAUGAAAGUUGUCUGACAGAUGGGUAUUUGGAUACGACUAUAGACUGGAUACCAGGAAUGAGAAAUAUUCGUUUAGGAGACCUCCCAAGCCAUGUCCGAAUCACUGAUCCCAAUGAUGUAAUAUUCAAAUACAUAAUGGAUUCGACUGAGGGAGCAAGAAAUGCUAAAGGAGUUGUACUAUAUACUUUUGACGAUCUGGAACAAGAAGUUGUGAGUGCUAUCUCAUCCGCGCUUCCUCAUAUAUACACAAUAGGCCCUCAACAGUUGCUCCUUAAUCAAAUAGCACCAGAUCAUGAAGAGAAACUUAAGGGCAUUAGAGAUAGUCUUUGGAAAGAGGACGAAAAAUGUCUGCAAUGGCUGGAAUCUAAGGAAGCUAAUUCCGUGGUCUAUGUAAACUUUGGAAGCACAACAAUCAUGGCUCCAGAGAAGCUGGUGGAGUUUGGUUGGGGGCUUGCUAACAGCAAUCACCGCUUCUUAUGGAUAAUUAGGCCUGAUCUGAUUGUUGGAGACUCGGAAACUACUUUGGGGCUUGAAUUUAUGGAGGCCAUUAAGGAUAGAGGCUUCAUUUCAAGAUGGUGUCCACAAGAGAAAGUCCUCAAUCACGUAUCAGUGGGAGGUUUCUUGACACAUGGAGGGUGGAACUCGGUCACAGAGAGUUUAUCAGCUGGUGUGCCUAUGCUCUGUUGGCCAUUUUUUGCAGACCAAUUAAUAAACUGUAAAUACAUUUGUACGGAAUGGGAGUGUGGGAUGGAGAUUAGUAAUGAUGUGAAGAGAGAUCAUGUGGAGAAGCUUGUGCGAACGUUGAUGGAUGGUGUGGAGGGUAAGAGAAUGAAGAAGAAGGCUAUGGAGUGGAAGAUCAUGGCGGAGAAGGCCUGCAGUCCUGCUGGCUCGUCGUCUCAGAAUUUGGAUAAACUGGUUCAUCUUCUGAAAAAUUAG